ACUAAAUAACCGCCACUAUCACUACCCAAAACCACGUUGUUCUUAUCACCAUAGGAAUAACCACCCACUUUCUCUCUUAUCAUCUCUCUAUAUAUUCUAUUCAUUCCUCUCGUUUACAUGUUACAACCAUUAUUAUUCAUCCAACUUCUGAGAGAGAACCAUAUACCACAAACAUGUCAUCCUUUCUACGCAUUUUCUUUUUCAUUUUCUUGGCUACUGCUACUUCUGUUCAAUCUGCGAGACAAUUUCAUGUUGGUGAUCAUUUAGGUUGGCGCCAGCCUGAUCAAAACAAUGCUGAUUUUUACACCAAAUGGGCUCAAACUAACCGAUUCCAAAUCGGAGAUUCUCUCGUUUUUGAGUACGAGAAUGACUCAGUUCUUAGUGUUGAAAAAGAGGAUUACUUUAACUGUGACACAAGUAAACCAAUCACUACUUUUACCAAUGGAAAGAGCACUCUUAAUCUUGACAGAUCUGGACCUUUCUACUUUAUCAGUGGAACUGAUGAUCAUUGCAACAAUGGCCAAAAACUGCUUGUUGAAGUUAUGGCGCCGCAUACAAUUCCAGCAUCUCCUCCCACUCCGACCACCAUUGCGGUUCCGCCUGAAGGCUCCUCGUCACCGAUGAUGGCUCCUUCCAAUGCGCCUUAUUCGUCUGAUACCUUGGAUCAGGCCACAUCGUCUUCUUCCAUGGUGGUGGUUGCUUCAUGUUUUAUGUCUACUUUGGUCACAUUUGUAAUUGUGAUAAUGUUAGGACUUUGAAGUUUCUUUAUGGUUUUUAACUGUUUCUUAUGUUGCUGAUUUUUCUGAAAUUUGA